AGAGAAGAUCCGCGACAGAAAAUUGGUCACUACUGACAAAUUGCAUGCCUCGCAGGGAACAAGAAGCUCCACUAAGUCACAAACUUGGUUUUGUGAAAAGAUUUGUUAGCAGCUGACUUUAAAACUUCAAGAUGGAGACAGAAAAGCUGCUGACCCCAGUGAAUAGUUAUGGGUCUCAUGAUGGGGAUAUGAGGCCAGUCUUAGGAUCUACUGCCUUUCACCCAGAAGAGGAAGAAUUCCGAAGGCGUCUCAAAUAUUACUUCAUGAGCCCCUGUGACAAGUUUCGUGCCAAAGGUCGGAAGCCAUUUAAAUUGGUGCUUCAAGUGAUCAAGAUCCUAAUAGUCACCAUUCAGCUCAUUCUCUUUGGGCUCAGCAAUCAGAUGGUGGUAACAUUCAAAGAGGAGAACACUAUUACAUUUAAACAUCUCUUCCUGAAGAACUAUGCAGAUGGAUCAGACGAUACCCAUGCAGUUUAUACGCAAGCAGACGUCUAUGACCAUAUCUUCCAUGCAGUUGAAAAAUACUUGGCCAUUCCAAGUGAGACAAUUGGACGAUAUGCCUAUGUUCGCCCAGACAAUGCUAACCAAUCAGGUCUCAUGCUUUGCCAGCAAUAUUACCGCAAGGGGAGAAUUGACCCAGCCAAUGACACUUUCAACAUUGACCCCAAGGUCAUCACAGAAUGCUUUGGUGUGGAUCCCCCAGAGAAGAUCCCUCCUCCAUCUGAACUCAAAAGGAAACAUCCAGAUCUAGCAUUGGACCGCAGCUACAAAAACUUUACUCUUAAGUUUUACAAGCUCAUUAAUGUCACAAUUGACUUCAAGCUAAAAGCCAUCAACAUCCAAACAAUAAUCAACAAUGAAAUUCCAGACUGCUACACCUUUUCUAUAACAAUUACAUUUGACAAUAAAGCACACAGUGGCAGAGUGAAGAUCCAUUUGGAUAACAAAGUGGACAUCCAAGAAUGCAAAAACCCAAGUGUCUCUGGCAAAGGAGACAACCGCUUCCGGAUGUUCUUUGAUGUGGUGGUGAUACUUAUCUGUGUCCUAUCCUUCAUCUUGUGUUCCCGCUCAAUUAUCAGGGGGCUUCUAUUGCAGCAUGAGUUCAGCCAGUUCUUUCAGCACUGCUACAACCAAAAUAUCUGUCUCUCCGAUCGCAUGGAAUUUCUUAAUGGCUGGUACAUUUUGCUAGUGGUCAGCGACAUUCUUACAGUGUCUGGCACCAUAAUGAAAAUUAGUAUAGAAUCCAAGAACUUUGCUGACUAUGAUGUCUGUAGCAUCCUUCUGGGUACCUCCACACUCUUGGUCUGGGUUGGGGUCAUGCGCUACCUGAGUUUCUUUCAAAAAUACAAUAUUCUCAUUGUUACCAUGAGGGUUGCCCUUCCCAAUGUCAUCCGCUUCUGUUGCUGUGUGGCAGUGAUCUACCUGGGCUAUUGCUUCUGUGGAUGGAUAGUCCUGGGUCCCUAUCAUGUCAAGUUCCGCUCUCUCUCAAUGGUGUCUGAGUGCUUGUUCUCCCUCAUCAAUGGGGAUGACAUGUUUGUGACAUUUGCUAGCAUGCAGCAGAGCAGCUACUUGGUGUGGCUUUUCAGCCAACUGUACCUGUACACCUUCAUCAGCCUUUUCAUCUACAUGGUGCUCAGCCUCUUCAUUGCUCUUAUCACUGGGUCCUAUGAGACCAUCAAGCAUCAGUGUGAGGGGGAAGCAUCUGUCACUCAGCUCCAUGCCUACAUAGCUGAAUGCAAAGACAGCCCCGAAUCUGGCAUGUUCCGCAAGGAAAGCAGCUCUUCAUGUUCUAUUUUCUGCUGCUGUGAACGAAGCCCAAUGCAGGAGAAUGUGCUGGUGGUGAACUGAGAGCCUCAUGGGAACAAAGGGGACUGUUUUGCUGCUUCCUGAUGAACUGUCUGGGAGACGAAGUGCCUGGAAGUGGACUACAAGAAAGCGAACAAUGGUCUUUAAUGGCAGGCUUUGGAAUAUGAGAGCUAGCAACUUGCAGUGUGAGCCCUAUGUCUGUUCCCCACAGAGCUGUUGCAAUAGCCCUCUGACUAACGAUUCCUGGGGAGAGGGAGGAAGAAUAGCUUUUUAAAUAACUUCAGCCUUAGUUGGGCUGCAUUGGACUUUAUUGAAAUCAUUACAGUAGAUCCCACCUUUCUCAAGUUGGAUGAAACUAGGUUUGCAAAGCAUUAUCACGAGGAACACACAACUUUUAAAAAAUAACUUUGUUUUAGAAGAAGAAAAAGGAAUAGCAAAAAGGAAAUGGCAGGAAUAAUCAAGGCAAAACCCUUGUGUUAUCUCUGAGAUCCUUAAGUUACCCAUGCUUCCACUGGGUGUUUUGGUCGCUCCAUUUGCUUCAGAAAGGACUAAUCCAAUGGCAUUAUUCUUUAAGCAAUAUCCAAAGAAGUAAACUUCUCUCUAACAUA